UGUGCGGCGGAGCAGCGUGCACGCCGAGGUGCAUGGAUCGCCAACCGCUCGUCAUGACGUCACCUGUGUGGGGACUUGUCUAUUACAUGGUGGUCGUUGCUUCUGGGACUCUGGGGACUUUCUCACAAUUCGGCUCCCAGCGCAGGCAGAUCCACUCUAUCAGUCCUUUAAUUCCACGCGUGUCCCCGCAGGUGUCUCCGAGGGUCUAUGAACGCAUCACGACUGGCUUUCAUGACUCGCGGACGGGCGGCAAAGACCACGUGACACCAGGUAGACGCGGGAACGACAACAAAGCAUCAAGAUCAAACUGCAGAAAUCGGCCCAUAGACUUGGUCUUCAUUAUAGACAGCUCCCGCAGUGUCCGACCUGCCGAGUUUGAAAAGGCCAAGGACUUUUUGCAAGACAUGGUCAACAAUUUGGAGAUCAGCUCAGAUGCCACACGGGUUGCUCUUGUCAACUAUGCGAGCACAGUGAAGAUCGAGUUUCUACUGAAGACAUAUUUUGACAAACCUGCCCUGAAACAGGCGCUGGCCCGUGUCGAGCCCCUCUCUUCAGGCACUAUGACAGGAUUGGCCAUCAAAACUGCCAUGGAGAAAGCUUUCACCACAGACUCUGGAGCUCGACCUACCUCCACGAACAUCGCCAAAGUGGCCAUCAUAGUGACAGAUGGGAGGCCCCAGGACAAGGUGGAGGACAUAUCUGCAGCAGCGCGGUCUUCUGGGAUUGAGAUCUACGCAGUAGGGGUAGAUAGGGCUGAUAUGAUGUCCCUCCGCCUCAUGGCCAGCCACCCACUGGAUGACCAUGUGUUCUAUGUGGAGACCUAUGGUGUCAUAGAGAAGCUCACUUCCAAAUUUAGAGAAACUUUGUGUGGUAAGGAUGAUGACAGAAGUGUAGAUAUUCCUUUAGAUGGUGGAAUUGAUGAUAACGGACUAGAACUAGCUGGUGGAAAAAACAGAGAAAGUGACAGUAAAGAAAUCAACGGUUUGGAUGCCUGUGCUCAGGGACACAGCUGUCAGCACAUCUGCAUCAGCAGAGACGACUCGUACAUCUGCAAGUGCCGCGCGGGCUACGUCUUGAAUGCCGACAAGAACACCUGCUCACGUUUGGAUCCAUGUUCCCAGGGAAAUGGCUGCCAGCACAUUUGUGCCAACAGUGGUGAUUCAUACAUCUGCAAGUGUCGAGUGGGAUUCGUGUUAAAUUCAGACCAGAAAACAUGCUCACGGUCUGACACUUGUGACCAGGGACACAACUGCCAGCAUAUUUGUGUCAACAGUGAUGAUUCCUACGUAUGCAAGUGUCACAAUGGAUAUCGAUUGAAUGCGGACCAGAAAACCUGCUCACGUUCAGAUGUUUGUGCUCAGGGACACGACUGUCAGCACAUGUGUUUCAGCACUGGCGACUCAUAUGUCUGCAAGUGUUGGAUGGGAUAUAUGUUAAAUGCAGACCAGAAAACCUGCUCACGUGUGGAUGCGUGUGUCCAUGGACAUGACUGCCAGCACAUUUGUGUUAAAAAUGGUGAUUCUUAUCUUUGCAUGUGCCAUGAGGGGUUUGUGUUGAAUGUAGACCAGAAAACAUGCUCACAUGCAUGUGCACAAGGGCACGACUGCCAGCAUAUUUGUGUCAAAAAUGAUGAUUCUUACUUUUGCAAAUGUCAUGAAGGAUAUAUGUUGAAUGCAGACCGCAAAACAUGUUCACGGGUGGAUGCAUGUGCCCAGGGACACGCCUGCCAACAUAUUUGUAUCAAAAAUGGUGAUUCUUACCUUUGCAUGUGCCAUGAGGGGUUUGUGUUGAAUGCAGACCAGAAAACAUGCUCACAUGCUGAUGCAUGUGCACAGGGCCAUGACUGCCAGCACACUUGUGUCAAAAAUGAUGAUUCUUACUUUUGCAACUGUCAUGAAGGAUAUAUGUUGAACGCAGACCAGAAAACCUGCUCACUUUCAGAUGUUUGUGAUCAGGGACACGACUGUCAGCAUAUCUGUAUCAGCACUGGUGACUCGUAUAUCUGCAAGUGUUGGAGGGGAUUUAUUUUAAAUGCAGACCAGAAAACCUGCUCACGUCUGGAUGCAUGUGUUCAUGGGCAUAACUGCCAACAUAUUUGUGUCAAAAAUGGUGAUUCUUACCUUUGCAUGUGCCAUGAGGGAUAUGUUUUGAAUGCAGACCAGAAAACAUGCUCACGUCUGGAUCCAUGUGCCCAAGGACAUCACUGCCAACACAUUUGUAUCAGAAAUGGCAGUUCUUACCUUUGCAAGUGUCAUGAGGGAUAUGUUUUGAAUCCAGACCAAAAAACAUGUUCACGUUCAGAUGUGUGUCCCCGGGGACAUGACUGCCAGCAGAUUUGCAUCAACACUGAUGACUCGUAUGUCUGCAAGUGUCGAGUGGACUAUGUAUUGAAUGCAGACCAGAAAACAUGCUCACGUUUGGACCCGUGUGCCCAGGGACAUGACUGUCAGCACAUUUGUGUCAGCAGCAGUGGUGAUUCGUACGUCUGCAAGUGUCAAACGGGAUUUAUAUUGAAUCCGGACCAGAAAACAUGCUCACGUUCAGAAUUUGAUAUCUGUGCCCAGGGACACGAGUGUCAGCAGCUUUGUGUCAACAGUGGGAACUCGUACAUCUGCCAGUGCCGAAUGGGAUAUAUUCUGGGUGUGGAUCAGAAAACAUGCUCACAGGAAAUGAGAAGUGAAAUCACUCAAGAUGCCUGUAUGUGUGAAGCUCAGCUGGUGUUCCAGAGAAAAGUUCUAUCAGCCAUUCAGGAGCUGAGCAGGAAACUUGAUGAGCUUUCAGAAAAAGUGAGCCAGCUUGAAGAUGAGCAGCAGUACUAACAUCAGCAGAACAACCCAGAAGACACGUUCAGGACAAUCGAUUCACCCACAAUUCCGAUUCGCUAGUGGUAGUAUUGUGUAUUCCUCUGAAUUUUUGUCUGACAUAUGCAUUGGUGCUACUUAGGUCUUAUAUUGUAAUACUCCAUUGUUGCAUUCACAACACAAUAUUAUGACUUAAUGAUUGGGUAUAAUGUAUUGAUCAGGGCUGCCCAAUGUAAGAUCCAUGGGGCACAUUUGGACCAUACUCCCAAUGUUUUUGUCCAGCAUCCCAACUGACAAGUGCUCUGCAAAUUAAUAAAUUACAGUUAAACAAUUAAAGAGGAAUAUUUUAUUAUUUUGAAAUUUUAUUUUAGACUGAGGGUGUUAAUUUUCUGUAAAAUACAUAUAUUUUAUAUAACUUAUGGCCCUACAAACAAACAAAUGGAUAACACAGGUCUGGAUGAUCUCCUAUGUGAGUAUGAGGAUAAAGCAACAUUUCCUCCUGUCAUUUUGUAAUCCAGUUUUAUAAUGAAUGCUCAUUUAUUUUGGAGAAAAGGUUGCACCACUUCCUUUUUUAUGGAAUAACUGCUGUAAGAGCAUUUGAUUUUCUCAAAGCAUCUAUUAAAGACUAUACGUGUCUUAUGCAGAAAUAUCACUAUUGUUAAUGUUGUGAUCAUAUUAUUAUUAUUAUUAUUAUAGCAAAGCCUCUUAUUAAUCAUGAUCCAGUUGGCUUGGGACCAAAUUACAACACAGUAAAGUAGCUGAUUUUUUUUUUUUCAUUUAUUUUCUACCUGAAAUGUUUCUGGAAAUGUGCUACACAGUUUCACUUGGGAAUUAUUUAUUGUUAAGGUGCACUCUUGCUAUUUACUGCAGGAUCAUUAAAUAGAUCAAUUUUGGGGGAAAGGCAAAAUGAUUCUGUUCAAUUAAAGCUAUACGGCCUCUGGGUUUUUAAAUAUUUAAGUCAUAAGAAGACUUUUCUUUGGCACCAUUAUAAUUUUAUUCCUUAGCAUUUAAAUAAGGGAUUCAUAAUAUGAUGUUGCCAAUAUGAUCAAAAUUCACACUGUCUGGAAACAAUUAAGCAUUUCAACCCCUGAUGGGGAGAAAUUCAAGUGAUGAGAUACCAUGACCUACAUUUGGUAGUGACAUUAUAGAUCACAUGGGGGCUUCCCCUGAGCUGUGCAAGGAUGCUGGGAAGGAAAUUUAAACUGAUCUCACAAACAACAUAGACAUGUAGGAGAUGAAAGACAAUAUUCGCCAUGAAUUAAGCCCAAAUAUACAUGUUCUCAUCAUUAAAACAAGCUAUUUUGCAACAUGUUACAAAAAUAAACCUACAUAUCAAUGCUUUGAGUUAUGCAGAAACUAAAUUUUGUCAGUUUAAGUGCCGUACAGCCAUAAGGCAUUUAAUGAUGAAUACAAAUAGACAGCUUUGACACUGAGCAGUAGCCUUGGGCAUUAAAGAAUCAUUUUGGUGCUGUAUGUUUUGGAACAAUUAAUGUCGUACAGUUGUGUCAGUUGAUUGCAGUGUUUCAAUGAAUUUCUACACAUAAUACAAAUCUGUGCUGUAAUUCCUGAUUAGCUACAGUGUGCAACACAAAAUGAAACGUUUUCUGUGAUAUAACUGUUCUGUGUGGGAUAUAUUUUAUUGCAUUUGUGCACAUUAUUUUCUGUUGGGAUUGUAUUUGCACAUGAACAUUAAAUAUUCUGAAAGAGUAAAA